AUGCCUGCAAAUAUUGAAAGUCACACAGAAAAUGACUUCAGUAUACUGGGUGCCUCGCUCAAUCUUGCCUCAGUUGAAGCAGAACGAGGUAGGCGUUGGCUGGCUGACUCGGGUGCAGCGUACGCAGUAUGCAAAUAUAUAAGCGAUAUUACCGAUUUCAACCCUUUUACUGCCGAGGAAGCGAACGAAUACGCAUAUUUGACGUCUAAUAACGAGAGGGUGACCCCACUUGGACGAGGCAACGUCACAUUGAAUCUCCAGAUGGACGAUGGAAGCGUAAAUAGCUUCAUCCUCGACUGCAUUUGGAACCCAAACGCUCCAUGUAACCUCUUCCCAACCGAGAGAGCCAAGAAAGACUUUAAGAUCUACCAUGACUCUAAGAAUCAGUGCCUCCGCAAUCUCUAUACAGACAACGUGGUUGGAUACACUUACACAGAGCAGAA